AUGGUUGAGUCUACUCUUCGUCAUGGUGUUUCACAAAAUGUUUUGGCAACAAUGAUAUCAAGUUUAUCAGAUGUAGGCUGGCAAGAUAAAUUAACUGCAGUUGAAAGCAAGAAUGAAAUAAGUUUCAAGACUGAACAAGAUCGAAAUCAAGAUAACAAUCAAGAUGAUGAAAAAAGUGUUGACAAGAGUUCGCAAGUGCUUCAUUCUUUACAGUUCAAAGAUGUCAUUACAAAACUUUCUGAAGUGCAGUAUCUUCGAAACGAAAAUGCGAGUUUAAAUCAACGUUUAACUCAAAUUGAAUCAGUGUAUGCUCAGAAUCUCGAAAAGCUUGAAAUGAAGUUGAAGCAAACUGUUGAAACUCACGUUGCGAUUGAGCAACGUCUACGUUCUCGACUACUUUCUGUACUUCAAGAACAGCAAGAAGCGGUGGAGAAUGCACGUAAAGUUCGCUCAAUUAUAUCUCGAAUCUCGGAUUGGAUGCAUCAAGUGCAGCAAGCAACUCAACGGAAAUGUUCAGGGCAUAAGUCAUUUGUGCUUGAUAUAGAGCCUUGUGUGACUCCGCAUAGCGAAGCACCAUAUAAACUUUGGUCCAAGGGUGUUCAUCUUGCAACGAACAUUCCAGAGUGCGAGAAAUCCCCGACAUCAUCUAUCCAAUAUGAAAUGGAUCGGAAACAUUCUUUGAAACUGGUACCUCCCAUCGUUUUCAGUCGAAACCGUGCGAAAAGUCUACCGGCACAAGGCUCAAAUUACGUUGAGAAUGCAAUGCCAUCUCUUUUAGUAGAAAAAAGCAUUCACCCUUAUGAGCGAUCAGAAGUUAUUGUAGACGGAUUGCCUUCUAUAAGUGCUACGGGUAAUCGUGGCUCACGAGCUUCAAAACGAAGUGCGAGUAAUAUUUUAGCGUAUUGCGCUCAAGUGGUGUCGACAUCAUUGACUAGUGUUGGUUCGUCAAAAGUAGAUUCAGUAUGGAGACGUGAUCCUAUCAAUGCCGAUAAACAAGAUGUUGACGAAGAGGCUGGUCAAUGUUGGCGAUUACCUAUUGAAACGGAACCACAAGAUGUGGCACUACCAAAUCUUUCAAUCGGACUGCUCUAG